AUGACUUAAAUUCAUACAAUCCUUAUCUUCAUUUGUUAUUUUGUUAUUACUUGUUAACCACAAACAAUCAAGUAAAAUCUUUAGGUUUACGAAAAUCAAUAUAUUUUGGAAAUCUAAAUAAGAAUUUAGACCAACCAAGAGUUCAAAUUAACAUUUUACAAUGGAUUAGUAUUUUUUCAUAUAAAAUAUUUAGACUCAUACUAACGAAGGAUAAAAUUGUUUAAACAAGGGUAAUUGUAAAUGUGAUAGCUAAACUUUUAGUAAUUUUCAUUGUUUUGAAGACUAAAACUCAUUUUUGAUCACAUUUACAAAGUUUCCAUAUUUUUAAGGAGAUAAUAUCCUAAAUAUAGAAGAAAUGACAAAUAAUUUGAUAGACUAACACACAAAGAAUACAGAUAACAAUCAUCAUUUAAGGGCUUUGGCUGUAUAGAAUAAAGAAAGUAAUUAGAUAGCCCCAUAAAGUGUAUCAUAUAAAGAUCAAGAUUUAAGCAGUUCAUUGUAAUUAGGUGAUUAUGAUUUAUAUCUAAAAUGGUAAAUUUAUAAUAAUGGUACUUUUGAUAUGGCUGUUGACUACAAUCAUUAAAACUGGAUUGGAUUAGGAUUUUGUCCAAAUGUAAGAAAAUUUUAAUAUAUUAGAUGAACAAUUGUGAUAUGAUCUUUAUAUCCAUAGCUAAUUAAACAGUUAUGAUUACUGAUAACUUUGCUAAAGGACAAGUUAAGCCUAUAAUCGAUAUUAGUAAUGACAUUUAGGUCAUAUCAUAUGCUAUAAAUUCAACAGGUUAUUCUGUAAGAUUUAAUCGAAAAUUAAACACAGGAGAUUCUAAUGAUGAGAUUCUAGUUCAAGGAAAGUAAUACUAAUUUUGUGUAGCAUGGUCAACUGAGAAUUCAAUGGAAGGACAUAAUAGACAAUAUACUUUUGAUAUCAAUUUUGAUAAUAAUAUUAUUGGUAAAGUAAGUUUAGAUAAUGGUAUGGAUACAUUAUAUGUUGUUCAUGCAGUUGUUUUAUUUAUAGCAUGGGGAAUCUUUGCAGAUAUUGGAAUAAUUAUAGGAAGAUUUUUUAAAUCUAUUAAUAGUUAUUUAUGGAUUCAUGCAAUAUGUUUUAUGAUUGUUGAUUUCUCUACAAUCAUUUUGGUUAUCUUAGUAUUAGUAAUUGGAAUAAAAGGUGGAAAUAUUGAAGAAGAUGGAACUUAAGCAGGUCAUAAUGCAAUUUCUAUUUUCCUUACAUUACUUGUCAUUGUAGAACAUAUUUUGGGAAUAAUAGUUAAACAUAAUUUAGAAUCUAAUGAUACAGUGAAUAGAUAAAGUGUAUAUAAAAUAAGAAAAGUACAUGUUAUUUUGGGAACUCUUAUGUUUUUGGCUGCCAAAAUAGAUAUAAUAUUGGGAUUCAUCAAACAUGAAUCUUCUCUAUUAUUAAUCUUAGCCAUAAUUUGGACAGCACUUUUAAUCCUGAUACGAGUAGGAUUAGAAAUAUAUAAAUCUAAAUAUCUAUCAAUUAAAUCUAAAAUUGUACCUCAUUAAUCAUAAAUACUCAACGAAAAUUAAUAAAAGUUAAUCAAACUUUUAGAAGGCAAUUAAUCGACCAAUUAAAUCAUUAAAGAAUUGCCUAAUAUAAAAUGGGUAAUGUUAGAUUAAGAUAUUUAUGAUUUAACAGAUUAUCAGCAUCCAGCAGGUAACUUUUUAAUUUCAAAUGUAAAUGGAAAGGAAAUUAGUCGUUAUUUUUAUGGUGCUUUUGGUCUAGAAUCUACUCAAGUGAAAUCAUAUAAUCAUAGCUAAGUUGCCUAUAAAUCUUUAUAAAGUAGGUACAUAGGGAGAUUACAACCAAAAAAUGUAACUCAUUAAAAUCCUGGAUCACCAUGGGAACUAAAUGAUUUCAUUAAAUUAUCAAAUAACAUAGCCUAAUUUGAUUUUACAAAUAAAGAUUUCACUAUUAAUCUCAAUUAAAAUUUGUAGGAUCUUGGAUAACAUUUUAGUAUUUCUCUUACUGAAGUUGGUGGCAAAAUUAGAAUGUAUACUAAGGUAUUAUGUAUGGCCAGUCCAUAUCAGUAAUUCAGAAAUCAAGUUAUCGAUUACUGUGAAGACAAAACAUCAGAAAAACCUGUUCUUUAGUAUUAAUAGACUAACACUAUUCCAUUAAUAGUAAAAAAAUACAAUUAUAAGAAUGCUUUAUCUGCUAAGAUAUUUGAUCACAAAGGAUAAUUUUGGAUCUAAGGUCCUUUUGGCAGAGGUUUAGAACUUUAAAGCAAAUCUAAAUGUAUUGCUUUUGUAGGUGGAACUGGAAUUCUACCUUUUUUAGAUUUAUUAGAUUUUUUAUUAAUGAAAUCUUAUCAUUUAACUAAUCCUACAAAAUAAGAAUAAAUAUCAUCAUUUUUUCCUUAAGUUAAUUAAUUGGAUAAUGAAUUUGAAUUUAUAUUAUUGGCAUCUUUCUAAAAUGAAGAAGAAUUUAUUGGAAAAGAAUGGAUCAGAAAAUUAUAUUAAAUAAAUAAGGAUAAUAAAUUAAAAUUAUUUGAUAUGAAAAUAAGAUAUUCUGAUGGCUAAUUAGAUUAAACUAUACCAGCAUUUCAUAAUAGAUUUACUGAAGAAUUUGUGAAAUCUUUGUUAGUAGACUUUAAUAAGAAUAUCUUUAUAUGUGGACCACCAAAUAUGAUUAGUUCAUUAACAUAGAUCAUUUCUCAAACUAAUCAAGAUUAAUAAAAAGUAGUAAUUGUUUGA